UUUUUAUCUUAAAAGUGUAUGGGAUCUGUGACACCUCGGAUAAGGGUUCGGAAGUGGUGAUAUUAAGAUGGAUCGCCCUUUUCCUAUUCUCUGUGUAUUUUUAUCUUGCUUUGCAUUUUUCUUGCUUGUCAAUGCGCAGGACACUGAACGCGGGAUAUUGCUUUGCGAUCUUCCUAUUGUGUCUCCAGCUAUACCAUAUCGAUGCGGUGUUCCAAGCGUCCAUCGUUUCCCACAGUAGCAUUGUGGAAGGUGGAGAUAGCACUUUAAUACAAUGGUCAGGAUGCCCUAGCACUGUACAUGAAUUGAAACUGUAUCUUGCACGCGGCAAGAGUACCGGCGCUUUAAGCGUUGUAAAUGCAAUCGAUGUUGACAUUUCGCCAAAGGUUGGUCACGCCAAAAUCCACAUACCUACGGUCAAGGAAGAUGGCACCGAUUAUUAUAUCGUUCUCGAAGGUGAUGAUACGCCCCCUUCUCGAGCCGCCAUUGGUCCAGUGACAGUGAAAGUAGAGGAUCAGCCCUUCUCAGGUGAGUCACCGCAUCCUACAUCGACCAUCAGUAUGGCGCCAAAGCCUACCUCCUACGACGACGACGAUGAUGACGAUGAUGAUGAUGACUACCGUCCUCCCCGAGGUACAUCCAGUGGGUUAUCCGGUGGUGGCAUUGCUGGUAUUGCCGUCGGAGGAUUUGUGCUGGUAUCAUGUGCUGUACUUCUUUAUUUUUGCGUUGCGCGAAAAUUAUGGCAGACGCUGAUUGUACCAAUGUUUGCCUCGAAAUCAAACGGCCGAGACUACAAUAAUCUUCAGGGUCAAGGCAAUGUACAAGGCGGUGGAGCCCAUACCGUUCCAGAGACGGUCGAGGUGAAUUUCAUGGGCCCGCCACCCAAAUAUUCUUCCUUAAUGGUCCCUCAUACACCCGACGCUUCCUCACCAGCCCUCACCUCGCCAUCUCUAUCAACCAUUACUCGAAUGCCCGAACAUACUGCACUUACUAACUACCAUAAUGACGGCGCUCCUACACAAUAUGGAAACAAUAUGCUAUCGCCUUCUUCUUCAUAUCGUUCCACGGAGCCGUCUGCACCCUCAGAAGCAGAUACGGCGCAGUCACCCUCAGGCCUACCAGUCAAGGGAAUGCCUUCAUCUUACCCAGGACAGAAUGCACCUAUGGGGAUGACCUUCGCGGUACCUUCAUCCCCUGAGGCUUCCGCCCCUCCAACCUCAAGUAUUCCGGGUAUCUUUCCUAUGCAUAGUGAUAAUGCUCAGACCGUUCAUAAUAGCAAGGUUGAGAUAUCCAUGCCCCCUAAUGGAAUAACUCAGCAAGCAAUGAUGGCAACCCACAAACCCGACGAAGUGCAUUAUCUGACGACGAAGCCUCAUCUAUACGAUAAACCUCAUUCCCCCAUUGAUUAAUGAGCCACACUAUGUAGAAAAAUAAAUCCAACUGUAAAUACAAUGCUCCAAACUAUCAAAUUUCAC